AUGAGCGACAUUCAAUUGUAUCUCCUCGAAGCCGACAAGAAUGCUGCCGAGGCCAAACAAAUCGCUGCACACAGUGCCAGCAAGCUCCAGGACAAAUCGCUGAAAUUGAUUGAUCUAGUCACAAGCCUUGAGCCAUACUUGAACAACAAAGAGGAUGGUGACCAACGGGCUAAGUCAAUCGGCUACGUGGCGGACUUACUGUCAGCUCUGCCCCCCAAAGUCCUGUCCCUACAGGAGCGACACCUGCUAUGUGACUUCUUACUUGGCCGGCUUGAGGGUGAUGUUGAGGGCGUCGGCGCCACAGCCAGAGCCCUGAUAGCUUUGGAAACGCUUGGCAAAUGGGACUCAGAAACAGUUCAAAAGUUCAAGCUUCAAACGGAACGACUGGCCGUUGUCCAAUUGGUCGAUCUGCUUCUGGCAAAGCAUCGGGAUUCGACUCGCAAGCUUCAGACUGAAGAUGCAGAAUUCAUGCCAGCUUUCAUAUCUUACUGGGAGGGCGAGAAAGAUCCCAGAAACCUGAUGAUCAUCUUCUCGCUCCUUCAAGUGCCAAUGACUGAAUGGGACAUGGGCUCGCAUGCGCAAGAUCUGUUCGACUCCGUCUUCAAUUACUUCCCAAUCACUUUCAAACCACCGCCAGACGACCCCUACGGUAUCACGGCACAGGAUCUAAAGGAUCGACUCAAAGCAUGCAUAGCGGCCAACUCGGACUUUGCCCCAUAUGCAUUUCCACAGCUGCUCGACAAGCUAGAUUCGACAUCGAUAAACACGAAGAGAGAUGUCUUGCAAGCAAUGCAAGCAUGCAUUACGGAGUACGAAGCGAAGACCAUCAAUCUGUACUCUGUGACUCUGUGGGACGCCUUGAAGUUCGAGAUACUGAACGUGCAGGAAGAAGAUCUGGCAGAAGAAGCUCUGCGCACUUUGUCACUGAUUGGUGGUAAGCUGGCCGAGCUACCAGAAGACGGGCCUUUGAAUGCCUACCUACGGCCCAUCAUCAAGGAGUGCAAUGAGCAUCUGGAAGACGCACCUACGAAACAGUCGGAAGCAAGUGGCAGAAUACUACAUGCGCUGGCACUAUCCGGCCCAGUUGUGGCCGAUCGAGUUGCCAAAGGAGUGUUGCCUGUUCUGUUCGCACUAUAUCAUGGAUCUGAGUCAAUCACAAAAAGGCGAGGGUUGCUCGAAGUCUUCACACCGAUAGUAGAAGCAUUUGUUAAGCUCAGCCAACUCUUACCAGGAACCAAAAUCACAUCUUUACAAGCUUUUGCGGAAGAUGCCUUGAAUGCGAUGGUUCGGGCUCUGGUCAAUGCUCCGAAGUCGGAAGUCUCCUUCCGUCUGGCUUCAUUGACAGGAUUGACACAGCUUCUGGCUGCUCCUGGAGUCCUGAACGACAAACAGAUCGAUCGUGCUGUUGAUACCGUGACAGAUGUAGUGUUACAUGAGCAAGUAGAUGGGCAUGGCAACAUCCGUGCCCAGGCGAUUAAGGCACUCGCGAGCAUCGCUCACAGUGCUCCACAAUCUAUUCGCGAUCGGACGAUACCAGCAUUCAUGGUCGAGUUGCCUGACCUGCCCGAGGCGAACGCAGUACCAUCAACCAAGCUCGAAGUUUUUGCCCAGCUCGCUCGCGAGAGGCAAGUCUUUGAUACGGUGGUCCUGCGACUGAAGAACAAGCUGAACAGUGCGCGGCGGCAACAGGCUCCACCGGCAUACACUCGAGCACUACUCUUGUCAUUGCUUUAUGCGUUCACUUUGGGCAGCCCCAUGGAGGACGAUGGUGUGAUCCUGAGCUCAUACUAUGGUGACUAUGCUCAGCCACUGAUCGAUGACAUUGUCAGACAGGAUCGCGCCGAUAAGGAUGUAGCAGAAGUGGAGAUAGUCGGCCGGAUCUGCAAUGCCAUACUAAGGCCACAAGGUGUUCACUUCCAGGCCACUGUCUAUCACGGCGACCGAGAAUGGAUGGCAAGAAUGGUAUCGAAUGCUACAGCAUCGGACGUCGGCACAGCACCUUUCCUGCUCUACUACUAUGGCGCGAUUCGACCUGAAGUAGUGGAAGCACAAGAUGUCAUGCUGUUACUCAAGCAUCAAGCAUCAGUAGCUCUCCACGGCGGACAGAGCCAACGGCACACAGCCAGCUCGCUUCGCCUCGUCUCGCUACUGGUCAAUAAGUUCAUCAACCCAAAGACUAUGCGGAGUACUUUGGAGGACGCUGGGACGGAAGCGGAAAGCCUGCUCCAGAACACAUCUUCUGCGCAAGCAUUGAACGUUGCCUUUGCUGUCAUCAAAGGCCUAGUCCUGCAAGGCAAGAGCGGUACACUAACAACGAAGUACCUGAACAUCAUCCUCGAUCACCUUUCAUCCACCUCUGACAACACCGCUCCUCAUCUCUUCAGCACUUUACUGGCGCCCGACGACAUUCUGACAAAGGAGAAUCACUGCCCAAUAUCUGGCCUACACAAACAGAAGGUCUUUGGCCAAGUCAUCCCGAAGCUCACCACCGCCGUCAGAACAGCGGACACGGAGAAGAAAGCAGGCUACUUGGUCGCACUAUCCGGCAUCCUCAGAUGGCUACCCUACAGCAUCAUCUCCCCAGCAUUGACAGACCUCAUCACAGCACUACUACAAACACUAGACCUCCACGAUGAACCCGUGAUAAAAGCUUCAGCCCUGACAGUCUUCGAAUCAAUACUCAUGCACGACCCACAGACACUAAGCACACAUGCCGCGAGCCUCAUCACUCGUCUACUAACCAGCUGCACCACUGCCUCCACAAGAUCAGCAGGGAUACGGAACACCACCGAAGUCCGCGCGAAGUCGCUCCUCUGUCUUGCACUUCUACCUAGACAGCUCAAGGCAGAGACGGUGGUGCCGUUCAGACGUCAGGUCGUGAAGCGGCUAAUGGGGUGCCUGGAUGACGCGAAGCGGAAUGUGAGGUUUGAGGCUGUGAGAUGUCGGACGGCGUGGUUGGGGCUGGAUGAGGGUGUGGAUGAUGAGUAG